UGGUUGAAACAUAUUGCAAAUAAAGGAUAAUUACUGUUUAGAGAGAAAAUAUUGGAAAUAAUUACUUUAACAAGUUAUUUAAAUGAAUAAAAAGAUUAAUAGAAUACUCUGUUGAUUAGAUUGAGUACCUUUAUCGAACUUUGUCCCGAUCAUUUUACUCAUACUUACACCACAGAAUAUCUUGAACGUACAAGUUAAUUAAUAAUGGCGGUGUUUCAUUAUUGUGUCGCAGUUCUUGCCUUCAUAGUUAAUUUACCAAGCGUAGUUUUAACAGAGGAACAGAAAUGUUACACUAAAUUUGAAUAUGAAUACAAUGUUAUAGAACAAUUGAUUAUUCUUAAACAAAAACUGGAGAGGCAAGAACGUGUCAGUGUGGACCUACAACAGGAGCUAUAUGGUGCUCGUAAAUCUAUAGAUGAGCUACGAAAUCAAAUGAGUCUUCCAGCCGGGUCAACUUAUAUCCGUUGGGGAAGAAAAACGUGCCCUGAAAAUGCUGUUUUGGUAUACGAAGGCAGUGCUGCUGGUGGUAAUCAAUUACACGAAGGGGCAGCUGCCAAUACACUUUGUCUUUCUAACAAACCUGAAUGGGAUGAAUACAUUGACGGAUUUGGAGGUGGUACGAGGAUUUACGGUGCAGAAUACUGGGCCCAAAACACCCUUCCUAAAUUCAAUGCCCUUCAUAAUCAUGAUGUUCCCUGCGCAGUAUGUCGCAUUCUGCAUGGUAACGUAAUGAUGGUACCUGGACAGAACAGUUGCCACGGAGAUUACACUUUACAGUAUUCAGGUUACCUCAUGGCUGGUGUUUACGGCACACCUGGGGCAUCAGAGUAUAUCUGUAUGGACCGGGAACCAGAGAGAGGACAUUCUGGAAGUGAUGAGAAACCCGGAACGAAAUUCUAUUUGGCUCAAGGAGAAUGCAGGGCCCUGAAGUGUCCACCUUAUGUUGAAGGAAGGGAAAUCACUUGUGCGGUGUGCUCCUAUACUUCAAGGGCGAGUGUUGAACCUCUUUUAUAAUGUAAUAUUGUUUAACAGAGCUGCACAAUAUACAUGCAUAACAUUUCA